CUUGAAUAUCUUGGCGUUUCUAUUCCUUUUGGUUCCCUCUUUAGUGGGUUCAGUCUCGUUUGAUUUGCCAAUCAUUGGUCCUAAGGAUAAAGAUGUGCGCAUCAUAGUGGAAGGAAAUGCAACUAUCACAAACGCCGGCAUUCAACUCACAUCGGAUGAGUCGGAAAACGAAUCCAGUCGAGCCAGGUACGUUGAAUUCUUGCACCUAUGGGAUAAGGCUUCUGGGAAUUUAGCCGAUUUUACCACCCAUUUCACUUUCAAAAUCAACUCAAACGGCACCUCUAAAUAUGGCGAUGGAAUGGCCUUUUUCUUGGCUAAUUUCUCCACCCCAACCGAUAUAAGUCCGGCUUUUGGCGGCGGCCUUGGCCUGAUGGAUGAUUUUAAGCCAUCCCCAGUUCCUUUCGUUGCUGUGGUGUUCGAUACAUUCGCAAACGGUUUGGGUAAAUCAAUGACCAAUGUUAGUAUCAACGUUAAUGUUGUACUAGAAACCAACAAGAGCACAGCAUGGUUGAACAAUAUUACACAGGGGAAGGAAAACAAUGCUUCCAUAACUUAUAAUGCAAGUUCCAAGAUUCUUCAAGUUGUUUUUACAGGAUUCUGGGGCGGCCAGUACUUGACACACAACCUCAGCUAUAUGGUUGAUCUGAGGGAACAUUUACCUGAAUUCGUUAACAUUGGCUUCUCAGCUGCAACAGGAACAUUGACUGAGGAACACAGUGUAAGCUCCUGGCGGUUCAAUUCCACUCCACCGAGGUUUGUCGGUAGUUUAUCUCGUUCCCCAGCUCCAACUCCAAUUCCAAGUCCAAUUCAAGAAAACAAGAACAAGAAAGGCCUACUAGUGAAAGGAUUGAGUAUUGGGGUUCCAAUUUUAGUUGCUCUCUUGGCUUUGCCCAUUAUCUAUACUUGUGUUAAGAAGAAACGGGCAGAAAAGGGAAAAAACCGUGAGAUUUUUCCUGCUAAGGACAUGGAUACUGAAUUUCAAAUGGUUAGCAGUGGUCCUAAGAAGUUCUCAUACACUGAAUUGCAGACUGCAACUAACAACUUCUCAGAGGAGCAUAAGCUUGGAGAAGGGGGGUUUGGAGCGGUUUAUAGAGGUUUCUUAAGGAGCCUAAACUUGGAUGUGGCUGUGAAGAGAGUCUCGAGUGGGUCUACACAGGGGGUUAACGAAUAUGCAUCAGAAGUAAAGAUCAUCAGCCGACUGAGACACAGAAAUUUGGUGCCACUUCACGGUUGGUGUCACGACAAAGGUGAGUUGUUGCUUGUUUAUGAAUACAUGCCUCAAGGCAGUUUAUACUCCCAUCUCUUCAAGAGAAACUCACCUUUGAAUUGGGAGAUCAGGUAUAGAAUUGCACAAGGCUUGGCCUCAGCUUUGUUCUAUCUUCAUGAAGAGUGGGAACAAUGUGUAUUGCACAGGGACAUCAAGUCCUGCAAUGUCCUGUUGGAUUCGUGCUUCAAUGCUAAACUAGGUGAUUUUGGGUUAGCCCGGCUUGUCGACCAUGAAAAAUCACCCGAAAAAACCUUAGUUGGAGGAACAAUAGGGUACGUCGCCCCAGAAUGUUAUUUCACAUUAAAGACUACCAAAGAAUCAGAUGUGUAUAGUUUUGGAAUUGUCGCAUUAGAAAUUGCAUGUGGACAAAGAGCAAUAGUUUCUGUUGAAGAAACAGAAGAUUUCAAAAGGUUGGUGGAAUGGGUUUGGGAUUUGUAUGGAAUGGGAAAGCUAAUGGAAGCUGCAGAUCCUAAGCUAUGCGGAAACUUUGAGAGGCAAGAAAUGGAACAAUUAAUGAUGAUCGGGCUAUGGUGUGCUCAUCCUGAUAGUAAAUUUCGACCAAAAAUAAGCCAAGCUUUACAUGGUCUUCAACUCCAAGUACAGGUGCCCACCCUUCCACCAGAAAUGCCAGUUUACUCAACUUCUUAUAAUGUUCCAUCCUUUUCAAAUUUGCGUUCACAGGUAUUUGAGGGCUAUACGAGUCCCAGCAACAACAGUUAUCCCUCGCAAGAAACUUCAUCUUCGGUCAUGGAUGCCUUACAUUCGCACACACACUGAUUUCACCAUCACCAACCUUCUUGGCUUCCCUAUCUGAAUUUCAAACAAAAACACUACUUGCUGUGUCUGUUAAAGAUACAUAUUUCUGUGUGCUAGCUAUGAAGUAAUUAGCCGUGUCAUUCAUUAUCUCUUGUAUUUAUGCUUUAUCUUUUCUCUGUGUUUACAAUAUAGUAUAAGAACAGUGGUGAUUGAAAAUUAAAUGUAAGAGUGUGAGAUACUAUUGUAGCAGAAGAAGGUUAAUUAUGUUGAGUCUUAAGGUUUUAAGUAUAGCUAUAGAAUUAGUGUGUUCUUCCA